AUAUAAAUAUUUUUACAAUAAUAUUAUAAUUUUUUUUCUCAUAAGUAUUUUUGGAUAAAUUAGAAAUAAUUUUUAAUUGAUAAAUCAGAAGAAUAAGUAAUAUAAAAAUAAAAUAUGAUACCCAAAUGCUAUACUGUCUUUCUGAUCGUAAUUUUAUUUAUAACUAUUCAACAAUGUUUUAUGAUGGCUUCAUGGUUUCCAUUAACUGAUGAAGUUGAUUUAAAUGGCAUUAGAAUAUACAGAGAUCAAGAUAAUUUAUUGCAUUGUGGAGGAUUGGUGUGUAAACAAGCGACAUAUUGUUAUGUAACACAAAGGCAUAAUUAUCCUUCAAGAAAUGUUUUAACAACUUUUGAAAGAUGUGCCGAUUUAUUCAAUAAUACAAUAAGUGAGAGAAGUUUUUCAUCAGAUUCUCAAGAAUUACUUGAUUUUACCGAUGAUACGACAUUUGAAUAUGGUUACGUUCUUAAUGUUAACGGCACAAAAGUUACUCAUAUGAAAAGAAAGCAAAGAAAAUCAUAA